AUGGCGCCUUCAAAAUUGACUGUGACGCACAUCACCAUCGCGACAACCAUCCUCAAUGUCGACGGUAUCAAGUUCCUAACAGACCCCUUCUUUGGGCCUCAAGAAGGCAGCAGCUACGAUAACACGGCUCAGUUCGAAAAGCAUCACCUGAGCAACUUGGGUUUGACAAGCAUCCCGCCUCCCCCUCACUUUGUCAACACGGUUGGGCCGGCCCUAAGACUGGAUGAAUUGCCUCCAAUCGAUGCAAUCCUGCUGAGCCACGAGGAUCACAUCGAUAACUUGGAUUCCGAAGGUCGAAAGCUCCUGGAUGGCCGGAAGGUCUUCACGACUGUUGAAGGAGCAACUAACCUACAUCCAAGCCCUGGUGUCGUUGGUAUUCGUCCUUGGGAGACGAUUACAUCGAAUAUCGGAGGUAAAACUUUUCGAAUCACCGGCACGCCAUGCAAACACUUCCCCGUCGGCGAAGUAACAGGCUUCAUCCUCGAGACCGAAUCAUUCGGCCUCCACUCGUCCGGCAAGCCGAACGCAAUAUGGUUCUCGGGCGACAUGGUCUACAUCGACGAACUCAAGGAGAUCGGGCAGAAAUGGCACAUCACCGCUGCCCUACUGAAUCUUGGUAAUGCUACUGUCGAGUUCCCCGUCGGCAAGUUCAAGAUCACGAUGGAUGGCAAGGAUGCGGUACGGAUCACGAGGGACAUUGGCGCGGAUGUUAUGAUUCCUGUGCAUUUUGAGGGGUGGGAGCAUUUCACUGAGGGGAGGGAGGAGUUGAAGAAGGGUUUCGAAGAAGACGGGUUUGAGGAGAGGGUUUGCUGGACGACUCCUGUUGUGCCCAAGGAAGUGUAUUAG